UGAAUGGAGCUAAUAUACUUCCCUCUCUUCCAGAUGCUGGCCAAGAAGAGGUGAGAUAGAAAAGAGACGGUCUAGAACCCAAGACUUAAUCCUAAUGUAAAUUCUUGCACCAGGAUGGAAGGAGAAUCUCACCAUAAUACAACCAUUGUCAAUGACACCCCAGUAAAUCACCAGCCUUUGGAACGCCAUGGGUUGUGGGAAGUCAUCACCAUCGCAGCUGUGACUGCUGUGGUAAGCCUGAUCACCAUUGUGGGCAACGUCUUAGUCAUGAUCUCCUUCAAAGUCAAUAGUCAACUGAAGACAGUGAACAACUAUUACCUGCUCAGCUUAGCCUGUGCAGAUCUCAUCAUUGGGAUCUUCUCCAUGAACCUCUACACUACCUACAUCCUCAUGGGACGCUGGGUGCUUGGGAGUCUGGCUUGUGACCUCUGGCUUGCACUGGACUAUGUGGCUAGCAAUGCUUCUGUCAUGAACCUUCUGGUGAUCAGUUUUGACCGUUACUUUUCUAUCACAAGACCUCUGACAUAUCGGGCCAAGCGUACCCCAAAAAGGGCUGGCAUCAUGAUUGGCCUGGCCUGGCUAAUCUCCUUCAUCCUUUGGGCACCAGCAAUCCUCUGCUGGCAAUACCUGGUUGGGGAGCGGACAGUGCCACCAGAUGAGUGCCAGAUCCAGUUCCUCUCUGAGCCCACCAUCACUUUCGGCACUGCCAUCGCUGCCUUCUACAUCCCUGUUUCGGUCAUGACAAUCCUCUACUGCCGAAUCUACCGGGAAACAGAGAAGCGAACCAAGGACCUGGCUGACCUCCAGGGCUCUGACUCCAUGGCUGAAGCUGAGCCAAGAAAGCCAGCUCAUAAGGCUCUGCUGAGGUCCUGCUUUAGCUGCCCUCGACCCACACUGGCCCAGAGGGAAAGGAACCAAGCCUCCUGGUCAUCCUCCCGCAGGAGCACUUCCACCACUGGGAAGCCAUCCCAAGUCACCGGCCCAAGCACCGAGUGGGCCAAAGUCGAGCAGCUCACUACCUGUAGUAGCUACCCUUCCUCAGAGGAUGAGGACAAGCCCACCACUGACCCUGUCUUCCAAGUAGUCUACAAGAGUCAGGCCAAGGAAAGCCCAAGGGAGGAAUUCAGUGCUGAAGAGCCCAAGGAAACUUUUGUGAAAGCUCACACUGAGAAAAAGGACUAUGACACCCAAAAAUACUUCUUGUCCCCAGGUGCUGCUCAUAGACCCAGGAGUCAGAAAUGUGUGGCCUAUAAGUUCCGAUUGGUGGUAAAAGCUGAUGGGACCCAGGAGACCAACAACGGCUGUCACAAGUUGAAAAUCAUGCCCUGCUCCUUCCCAGUGUCCAAGGACCCUUCAGCGAAAGGCCUGGAUCCCAACCUCAGCCACCAAAUGACCAAACGAAAGAGAAUGGUCCUUGUCAAGGAGAGGAAAGCAGCCCAGACCUUGAGUGCCAUCCUACUGGCCUUCAUCAUCACCUGGACCCCUUAUAACAUCAUGGUCCUGGUUUCCACCUUCUGUGACAAGUGUGUCCCAGUCACCCUGUGGCACCUGGGCUACUGGCUGUGCUAUGUCAACAGCACUGUCAACCCCAUUUGCUACGCCCUCUGCAACAGAACCUUCAGGAAGACCUUUAAGAUGCUGCUUCUCUGCCGAUGGAAAAAGAAAAAAGUAGAAGAGAAGCCGUACUGGCAGGGGAAUAGCAAGCUCUCCUGAAAAGUAACAACUCCUCUCAAAAGAGUGACCAUGGUCAAUUUCUUCUGAGGACGGGUGGGCUGAUUCUGGCUUAUUUGUUUUCAAAAAAGACAUAUAUCAUUUUGAGCGCCUGAGGACUUUGUAAAGGCUUCAGAUCUGUCACCAAAAGGGAGGAGUCACAGCUGCCACAAGUGCUGCCAUAUUGAAUGAUUCUUGUCUAUGACCAAGGUCUCCUGAUGCCACUGGAGUUCGCUGUUGAAGUGAGGAGACAGACUUGUGUCCCUCCACAGGGGGAGGAACACUGGAUCACAAUGAACAGUGACUUAGGGAACUUUGGUCCCCUAACCUCUGCAGAGCAGCAGGGACUGGGUGGAAACCUUCCCUGUGGAAACCUGUAUUCAGGUUUUGUGCAAUAUGUGUGUGUCUGUGGGGUUGGCUCCUGUCAGUGAGAAUCGGGAGACUAUAAGUCAGUGUUACCUGUUAAGAAGAGUGAUAUUCAACUGGCGUCUAAGACUCCAUUUCUUUAUAAACUGAUCAGUAUCAUGCCGAUGUUAUGUGUUCUGUACUGUGGUAUGUUCUUCUGUCCCUACAUCUGAGUGAAGCUUUCACAACCGAUGCCAAUUCCUGGUACCCACUGAAACCCUGCUGGUCUCCAUGGAACUAUCCUUUCCCCCAGAAUCCUGGGUCUGGACUGAAACCUGAUCCCACCCAGUCAGAUAGAGGGGCCUCUACUCUGCUAAUAAAGAAGAUCAAGCCUCUGCAGCUGUUUUAGUUUCUACCAAUGGGAUUUUUUUUCCUUUCGUCUAAACAGAUAUUGUGUAUUCUAUUUUGUGACUAUUUGGGCCUAUUUAUUCAUGCUCUGUUCAUGCAUAAAGGUCUUCUCUGGGCUAUUUCAUCACAAUUCUUUUAAUUGUUUUCAGAGGCCUUGCUUUGUAAUCUCUUCACAAGGCAAACCUGAGGCAAACUGUAGAAAACAAAUUUGGUUUCACUCCAUGCUUUUGAGCUUCUUCCAAAACUCUUUUGCCAGCCCCCAAUUUCCCUCAUCCAGAGGCAAUUCACAGCCAGGCUCAAGCAGGUCACCGUGCAGCCUCCAGCCAGAAGUGCUAUUUGGAGGACAGCAGGGGAAAGACUUUUUUUCUUUCUUUUUUAUUUUUAUAGGUCUUUCAAAUCAUGGCUCAGAAAUGACUUAUUCAUUCAUCUCAAAAUUCACCAUCAAAGAUGAGAAGCUCAGAAAAGUACAGUUAAGGUCCAGCGAAGCUGGCGACAGUCAUUAAAAAUGAAAGCCGCUUGGGGCACCUGGGUGGCUCAGUUGGUUAAGCGUCUGACUUCAGGUCAUGAUCUAACACUCCGUGAGUUCGAGCCCCACAUCGGGCUCUGUCCUGACAGCUCAGAGCCUGGAGCCUGCUUCGGAUUCUGUGUCUCCCUCUCUGCCCCUCCCCUGCUCAUGCUCUGUCUCUCUCUGUCUCAAAAAUAAAUAAAAACAUUAAAAAAAAUUUUUUUAAUGAAAGCCUCAUCUUUAAGAACAAAAUGUAUAUCAUAGUAAUAAAUAAAAAUAGAAGUUAUCAACAUAACAUACAUUAGAGUAUCAAAAUGAUCAAAAGCAAAUUUGAUUGGAAUUUCUCUUCUAUGUGUAUAAACAGUGUAUAUAAACAAUUUUUUUUGAAAAUUCUGAGAAUAAACCAAUGUGCAAGAAAUGGAAACUAUAAAACUGCAUACAAUUAAUAAAGUGGCAGUGUAGUAACACAGGGUUUUAGAGAUGAAGUUCUCCCGUCAGACAGAACCCCGUUAUCUAACCUGUUGACAACAUCUGCAGUUGUGUUUUAACACCUCCAGACUUCACUUAACGUAGGCCAGUCAUGAUUCAAUCUCAUUUGCUAAGGGGAUGUAUAAAUAGCUGCUUUAGUUGUCCUAGGAAUUACAUAUGUACUUGAGUAUAAAAGAACUUCCUCCUACCACAGAAGAAGGAAUCAGUCUGUUAAACCAGAUCCCAAGAAGGCUUCAGGGCGGGACACACAGGUGCACCCAGGUCUCUCCCCCACCCUUAUGGGGACUUGAUGUUGAGAUGAAACAUUUUAGAAGCAAUGUAGCUGCUGAGACUUUGUGAAGGGCAGGUUGACACCCGCCAAGAAUUUCAUAAAGAAUAUUAAUUAAUUGGCUCAGUUCUCCAGGAGAGAGUCUCCCAGGCCUGCAUGAUGCUAACAGGGUGUGACUUCAUAAGCAAACCUGUUCUACCAGCUCUAGAUAGACAGUAGAUUCUUUUAGUUUAAGACUUUCAUUCCUGACAAAAUCGCAAAUCCCUCCAAGAGCACUUUGAGCCAACACUGGGCAUUUACUGUUCACAGCAGAGAGAGACACAAGCUAAUUCAAACAAAAGAAUGCACAGGUGGGGGAGGGGACGAACACUGGGGCACAUUUUUCAUAUGCCACAAUUGCCUAGGACUUAGCCUUUUGGGUUUAUCUUUUGUGAAACUGAGAGGGCUAUGCUUUCCUUUUUUUGUCAUUGGAUUUGGGAGGCAGCCCAUUUUACAGACUACUGACACCCCUUGACAUAGGAAAAAAAACAAUCUA